AUGGAAGCAGCUCCAUUUUUGCGAAAUAUACAGCAAGCAGCAGCAGAUACGGAGACGGAGUGGAGUUUUGAGGAGAUAAAGAUAUUCGAGAGAGCGAUAAUACCGGAGGAGUUGGGUUUUGAUUGUGACAACCCUUUUGAAAGAAUAGCGGCAAGGCUCCCUCGGAAAACUGAAGCCCAAGUGAGGAUUCAGUGGCAAAUGUUGGUUAGAGAUAUUGAGAUGAUUGAAGCUGGUUCCAUUCCACUACCCCACUACAACACUAGUACUAAACCCAAACGAAGAAGAGGGGUGCCUUGGACCAAGGAAGAAAAUGAGUUGUUUGAAAGAGGUUUAAAGAGGUUCGGUAAGGGAGAUUGGAAGAGCAUUUCAAGGCAUUUUGUGGAGUCAAAGCGCCCAUCACAAGUUGCAAGUCAUGCCCAGAAAUACUUUCUUCGCCUUGAAAAGUCCAGAGCCAAACAAAAUCUACAUUCAGCUUCCACGUCCAACCACUUCCGCUCAACCUCAUCUUCUGCACCCCCUUCUUACCAAUAA